AUGCUGAGAAGUACCUGCCUCUGCGAACUGACAGAAAUCCAAGCUGGAUUUCAACGCUCAGGCUGCGCCAGCGAUUCUUUGGAGAAACUCGCUGCCGUCGCGGAGCUGAGCCGCUUCUUCCCGCGCAGAGGCUUGGGGCGCGUGGACGGACGCAGACCGCGUCACCCACAGCACGGUGCUGGCUCUCCUGCUCGACCCCGCGCCCUGACACCUCCUUCUGCGGGGAAACCUGCAAAGAGCCGCCUGGGCCCCUGCCUCCUGGAAACAGUCCUCACCCAGCACUUUACCCUUGCAGUUGUUCAGUGGACGGCAGCAAACUGUGUUUUAGUGUCAGCAACACUGAAAUUUCUUGAAUGCUCUCCUGGUGGGCAUCGGAUCCUGCAGAGCCCUUACCGAAGCGUUGAUUUUGAUUCAUCCCACCUCCAGCAAUCAGCUAUUCAGGAUUUAAUAUGUGACCAUUCCCUAACACCAGGAUGGUAUCGCUUUAUGAUUUUUGAUAAGCCUGCUGAGAUGCCAACCAAGUGUGUGGAGAUGAAUCGCUGCGGUACUCAAGCCCCUGUCUGGUUGUCUCUGAGGGAGUCAGAAUCCAUGCCUCGACCCAGUGAGAUCAAACAGUUAACAGCUUGUGCUACAUGGCAGUUUUUCUUCAGCACUUCAAAAGACUGCUGUCUCUUCCGAAUCCCUGUCAGCGUGAGGAACUGCGGAGAUUUCUUUGUUUACUUACUGCAGCCCACCCAAGGGUGCAUGGGGUAUUGUGCAGAAGGUAAACUGGCUCCUUCAUCUCCACCCGUGUCACCACCGCUACCAGCAAUUCCUGAAGUUGUAGCAGAGUUGAUCAAAGGCAGCAUUUACCUGAAGUGUACCUUUCGCGUUCCUUUUGCAAACAGCUCAGUCGGAUUCAUUGUAACUUGGUCAAGACUUUCUCCUGAAGGUAUCAAAGAAGAACUGAAACAUGAGACAGUGGUUCAUACAUUCUCACUUCUAGAACUAGAUGGGAUAAAUGUCAGACUUGGAGACAGGGUCUACUGUAGCAGUUCUGCUUUUUUCAUGGAAGCACCAGAUAUACAAAGCUCUUCUGUUGAAAGCAAGGAAUUUUUUGCUGGCAUUAAGCUACAUCCAGAAACAUACAAUAUAUCAGAAGAUGGGAAGGAAUACAGACUGGCAAUAGAAAGUAGCAUUCCUAUUACUUGUCCUGAAUUUAGCCAGCUUGAAAGUGACUGCAAAAUCUCACUAACAUUAAAAACUAUUGAUAGGGGUAAAGAGCAGUUAGGUUUAAACUUGGCUCUUUCUUCUUGUCAUGUGGAUCUUCUCCAGAAACCCUGCAAUAAUGGAAUCUGUAGUCAAGCUAUAGUUUAUUUCACUGCUGUGACAGACUUUAUGCAGGAUGGAGACAGAACUACCAGAAUUGCGGUCGAACCUGUAUCCAGUGAGAAUUUCCUGUGGAAUGGCUAUAUUCCAGAAAGCACACAGAUUACAGUAAAGGAUCUACCCACUGCCUAUUGCUACUCAUUUACUGACCCUCAUAUAAUUACGUUUGAUGGCAGACUCUAUGACAAUUUUAAAACUGGAACAUUUGUUCUCUAUAAGAGUACAUCUCGAGAUUUUGAAGUUCAUGUUCGCCAGUGGGACUGUGGAAGCCAUCACUACCUGGCAGCCUGUAAUUGUGGCUUUGUUGCCAAAGAAGGAAGUGAUAUAAUUGCAUUUGACAUGUGCAGUGGUCAGCUGCGUGAGUCACAGCCACAUUUAUCAGUAAUAAGUAGAGACACAACAGCAAGCAAUGUCAGAAUCACUGAAUCCUACCUAGGAAGAAAAGUAACAGUUUUGUUUUCUUCUGGAGCUUUCGUCCGUGCUGAUGUGAGUGAAUGGGGAAUGAGCAUAACGCUUAGGGCACCCAGUUCAGAUUACAGACAUACAGUGGGACUCUGUGGCACCUUUGAUGGACGCGCAGAGAAUGACUAUCACACUGCGAGUGGGGUGGAAAUCCCAAACCGUGCCAAUGUUCCUUUUUCUUUUAUUAAGGAAUGGAGAAUUUCACCAGGAGAUAGCUUGUUUGACAAGACACCUGCUUCUUUAACAUCUCCUGGAAAAACAGCCUUCUGUGACUGUGUGCUUGAAGAUGCUGGAUUAUAUCGAUCAGUGAAUAAAUUAGACACAGUUUCUCAGUCAGAAUUUCCUCUGUCUUGUAAAGAAAGUGAAAAUGGUAGAUUUCUUUCUUUGAUACCAGGACUGGACAUCACUGCUGAGUAUCUUGGUCCUGUUGAUCUUGUCAGAGGCUUAAACAAACGUUCGUCUGCACAUGAAAUGGAUUCAUCUGUACUUCUGCAGAGGAAGGAUAAUCAAACCGAACUUCACAAAACAUCACUAGUAAACACAGAUGUGUCUUCAACCUCGGUGGGAAAUACUGGUGUAGAAAAAGAAGGAACUUCAAGCUCAGGCAUUAGAAGAGGUUCUCACAGUUACAGUAGUCAGCGUCACAAAAGUCAAUCUGUUACAAGUAGGGGGAAGCGCCAAAAUUAUUAUGAAUACCAUCCGGUAUUUCUGUUCCAAAGUCUUAGCCAAACAGACUUAGAGGGGUACAGCUAUUUUUUCCCAGAGGACCAUGCCACUGACACAGACCAGAAGUUUCUUCCUUCUUGGCCCACACCUUCUGGCCUCACCGAGUCGAGCGCUUUGUUACUGUGCCAGGAGGCAAUAGCUAAUUCCAGUAUAGGAAGGUCUUGUGGUGGGCUUCUUGGCCGGCGAAUAGAAGAUGCGGUCAGUAUGUGUGUUAAAGAUUUGCUGCUGAAAGAUGACCUCAGCUGGGCAGAAGCUUUCUUAGCUCUUCUAGAGAACGAAUGUGAGAAGAGAGUUUUAGAAGAAAUAAAUCACAACGGACAGGAACUUCAGGGGUCCUUUGAGAGCCUACUUAAUGCGUUGAAGUGUCCCAGUCUCUGCAGUGGUAAUGGGGAAUGUACAGAAUGGGGCUGUGCAUGUUUUGAAGGCUACAGCUCGUAUGACUGCAGCAUCCUGUCUGACCAGGCUCCAGAAAUUACAGAGCUGGAGAAUGCUGGGCUGUGUGAUAUUCGACAGUAUGACUGCACAUCAGUGAGAGCUUUUGGACAUGGCUUCAGGGAGUCAUUGAAUCUGAAAUGUGAAAUUAUCAAAUUACAGUACAGUGAUAGCCAAUGGAUUCCUGGAGAACCUCUGACUCUGCCAGCUGCCUUCCAAAAUGCCAGGACUGUCGACUGCCAGCUACCAAAUGAUGGCCAGCAGUCUGACGUCAUGGAUCUGAUUGAUGAUAAACCAAUUGUCGGGUGGCAAAUAAAGAUUUCUAAUGAUGGAUUCAUUUAUAGCAACUCUAAAACAAUGAUAUUAUAUGAUGGAGCAUGUCAGACGUGUGAACCACAAGAAUCUGGGCUAUGUACGUUAAAGGAGAAAACGUGCAACAUAGAUGGACUCUGUUAUGGUGAAGGUGACGCAAAUCCAACCAGCCCUUGCUUACUCUGCAGACCAGACAUAUCAAAGUUAACUUGGUCAAUUGUUGAAAACAACCAGCCUCCAGUGCUUGAAACUUUUCAGGGUGUGCUACAGACUUUUUAUGGAGAAGAUUUUGUGUAUCAGUUUUUGGCUUCAGAUCCAGAGGGCUCUGCUAUUCAUUUCACACUGGAUUCUGGUCCAGAAGGUGCCAGUCUUUCCCCAUCAGGUCUCCUUUUGUGGAAAGCUCUGUCGAUGAAUCCCCAUAAAUUAACAUUUUCUUUGACAGAUGACUGCAAUGCAAAGACUAAGGUAGAAAUAGAGGUCAGUGUAAAAUCAUGUGAUUGCCUAAAUAAUGGCUCAUGUGUGACAAACAUUAAUUUCCCACCUGGAAGUGGAAGAUAUCUUUGUGUGUGUGUGGCUGGAUUUGAAGGUGAUCUCUGUCAAGUGAAUACUGAUGACUGUAAACUUAACCAGUGUGGUAUUGGCAGAUGUGUGGAUGGAAUAAACAGCUAUUACUGUGAAUGUCCACCUGAACUUCAAGCAACAUGUAGACAAACAUGUGGCAAAAAUAUGGAGUGUGUGGCGCCCAAUAUUUGCAAAUGCAAGCCUGGUUAUGCUGGUUAUAACUGUCAGGCUGCUAUAUGCAGACCUGAUUGCAAAAACCAUGGGAAGUGCAUUAAGCCCAAUGUCUGUGAAUGUCUGCCAGGAUACAGUGGCUCUGCUUGCGAGGAAGCUCGUUGUAAGCCGCCCUGUCAAAAUGGAGGCACGUGCUUGGCCAGAAAUCUCUGCACCUGCCCAUAUGGUUUUGUGGGACCAAGAUGUGAUACAAUGGUUUGCACCAGGCACUGUGAAAACGGUGGUGAAUGCCUUACUCCAGACAUCUGCCAGUGUAAGCCUGGGUGGUACGGACCUACGUGCAGUACAGCGAUGUGUGACCCGGUGUGUCUCAAUGGUGGCUCCUGUACCAAGCCAGAUGUUUGCCUCUGUCCACAUGGAUUCUUUGGUGCCCAGUGUCAGAAUGCUGUCUGCAGCCCGCCGUGUAAGAAUGGCGGUCAUUGCAUGAGAAAUAACGUCUGCACUUGUCCUGAUGGGUACACAGGCAGAAGAUGUGAAAAAAGUGUCUGUGAGCCAAGGUGCAUGAAUGGAGGAAGGUGCGUAGGGCCAAACGUUUGCUCUUGUCCUUCAGGAUGGAGGGGAAAAAGAUGUAACGCUCCAAUCUGUCUUCAGGAAUGUAAGAACGGUGGGGAGUGCAUCGGACCGAGUACGUGCCAUUGCCCUCCGCAGUGGGAAGGAAUCCAGUGCCAAACACCUGUGUGCAACCAGAAGUGUCUGUUUGGAGGCAAGUGCGUAUUGCCUGACGUGUGCUCGUGUCGUACUGGUUAUACUGGAGUCCUCUGUGGGAAGAAAAUUCAGCCUUCAGGAAACAGCACAGAGGGGACACGGAACAGGGAACGCAGGAGCCUCAGCCCAGCCUGCGGCCUGUCCCACGGGCUGCAAAACCUGAACGAGGUCAAACUGGAACAUGUCGAGAAGCCAAGUCUCAGCACCCUCACUGCAGGGCAUCCGUGA